UGGGCUGGCACUGGGAACAGGGCGCCCGAACUGUCCCUGCUGGGCAGACGCCUGGUACAUCCUGUCCCGGGGGGGGGGGGGCGGUGCCGGGGGCCCGGAGAGAGGAAUGCAGCUGGGUCUGCCCCAUGCUGUCACCAGGGCCUCUUGCUAAGCCGGCUCCUUGGCCAGUUGCUGGAGAUGCUGGUCUGACAAGGCCAGGGAGAGAACCCCGGUGUCCUGGCCAGCUCCCUGCCUGGGGCGGGGGGCGGGGGGGUGUCCCGGGCCACUGCUGAGUGCAGAGGGAUCAGCUCACCCCCCUCCCGGCCCCCUGCUGCGUGAAACCCAGCACGUCUCAGAGCGGGGAGGGGCGGGGAGGGAUUUGUCAGGGUCAGGCCGCCCUGCCAGCCCCGGGGCGGCUCCUGGCCACACACCCCUCGCUGCCAGCCCUUGGGGAGCUUUCCACAACCGGAUCUAGCAGCAGCAGGAAAGUGGCCGGGCCUGGCUGGGCUGGGCUGGCCGGAAUCGUUCUGCCUGUGGAGGGUUCUGCAAUGAAGUGUGGCCAGAGCACGGAGAAUAUGGUCCCCUGCUCCCUGUCCCUGUCCUGCUGCCCUCAGCCCCUCCUAACCCUACUGUCCUUCAGCCCUCUGUCCACACUGCACUCCCCCCAUCCCCUCUCCUGUUCCCCUGGGGCUCCCCUGCUCUGCCCCCCCCUUUCCGUAUUCCCUUCCUCCUCCCCGUUAGCCUGCGGCCGGUGGGGCCCGGACAGUGUCUGGCGAUAGCCGUCGGUGGGCUGCUGAGUGCGGUUGGACCCGGAGAAGCUGCGCCCCUGAAGGUCACUCUGCCAGCUCCCUGGAGAGGGCCGGGGCCGCCUGUCACAUCCCAUGGGGAGAUGGAGCGAGAGCUGCCGUCCCCUGCGUGCCCAGGCUGACGGGUGCCAGGCAGCAUUAGCCUCCAUCCGGCACGCUCCCUUCCAGGUGCAGGCCGGCGGGUGCAGCAGCGCCCCGGGCACAGCGAGCAGAGAAAUGCUUGGUGGCAGCCCGUCAGCCCAGGUAAGUGCCGCCUGCGUGGAGGUGACAGAUGGAUCUGGACAGGGGUGAGGACAGCAGCUCUGCCGGCGACAGGCCCGUCACCUCUGCAGUCACACCGUGUCCCUGGCUCAGCCUCCCGGGAAGGGCAGCGCAGCCGGGCAGAGACGACCUCCCACUGGUCUGGCAUGGCGUGGGGAACCGAGCUGCCGCUGCUCCUACCAUCAUCCCCUGCCUGGCACCGCCAGCCUCUGAUUUCCAGCCCCCGCCGUGGCUGCGUGGUCCCCAGUCUCGGGUGGGAGCAGCGAGUGCCUCUUUCCCCGCCGGUAUCCCCGCUCCAGUGGGCUCGGCUUGGCCAGCCCUCUGCUAGCCGGCCUGGCCACUGGGAGCGGGUCCAGCGCAGUGCUCGCCGCAGCCCACAGGAGCCCCCAGCCGCGGGAAGGCAGCCUGUGCCCGUGCACCCGUGGGCGAUUCGGGAUUGCUGCUCAUUCCACCUGCCACUCCUGUGCUCUGUGAUGUCACAGGCGGCUGCUGGGCAACCCUGGAACCCGGGGCCGGGUUUGGAAUCCCGCCGAGGAGUCGCCCAGAGCAGCCGGGGAGAGAUGGACGUCGCUGCCAAGCCCCACAUCCCCCCUGCCAUGGCUCUGUAUGCCGAGAAGCACGGUGUCUUCCAGCUGAUGCAAAGCAUGGUGGAGGCCCUGCUCAUCCACCAGCCCGAGGAUCCCAUCUCCUUCAUGAUAGACCACCUGAAGCAGGACAGCGACCACGUGCCCAGGGUGUUCGUGCUGGGUCCGCCGGCCGCCGGGAAAACCACCAUUGCCAUGUGGCUCUGCAAGCACCUCAACGCCUCCUACCUCAGCCAGCAGAAGCUGCUGGCCAACAAGACGCUGGUGCUGGCCAAGGAGGCGCAGAGCUACCAGCAGCGGCAGGAGCAGAUCCCCGAUGAGCUCUGGGUCGACCUGCUCCAGGACCGCCUCUCAGACGUGGACUGCAUCAGGGAGGGCUGGGUCCUGGACGGCUUCCCCCAGACCCGCAAGCAGGCCUUGCUGCUGCAGACCUCCGGCAUCGUGCCGCGGCACGUGGUGGCGCUUUACGCGCCAGACACCGUGCUGGUGGAGAGGAACCUAGGCAAACGCCUAGACCCCGUCAGCACGGAGGUGUACCAUACCACCUUUGACUGGCCGACCGACCCCACGGUGGAGCAGCGCCUGGUGCAGCCCGACGGCUGCUCGGAGCAGGCCACAGCCAAGCGGUUGCUGGAGUAUCACCGCAACAUCCAGGGCAUCUUCCAGUCCUACCGGGGGAACCUCCGGACCGUCAACGCCGACCAGCCCUGCGCCGACGUCUUCUCCCAGGUGCUGACGUUUGUGGAGAGCCAGCCCCGCUCGGCCGCCCCCUUCACCCCCCGGGUCCUGCUCUGCGGGCCCCCUGGCAGCGGGAAGAGCCUGCAGGCUGCCCUGCUGGCCCAGAAAUACGGCCUGGUCAACGUGGGCUGCGGGCAGCUGCUGAAGGAGGCCGUGGCGGAGAAGUCGAAGAUCGGGGAGCUCAUCAAGCCGUAUUUCGAGAGCGGCUGCCCGGUGGCGGAUAACCUGGUGCUGAAGGUGCUGCGGGAGCGGUUGGGCAAGCUGGACUGCGCGUCCUUCGGCUGGGUGCUGCACGGCUUCCCGCGCGACGCAGACCAGGCCGAGCUGCUGAGGAACACCGGCUUCGUCCCCAACCGGGUCUUCUUUCUCACCCUGCCGGUGGAGGCCAUCCUGGAGCGGGUCUCUCAGCGGGCCACCGACCCCGUCACGGGCGAGCGCUACCACCACCUGUACAAGCCGGCCCCGAGCCUGGAGCUGCGCCGGCGUCUGCGGCAGAACCCCCAGGACGCGGCGGAGAAGCUGGAGCUGCGGGUGGAUCUGUACAGCCGGCACGUGGCGGACUUGGAGGAGUUCUACGAGGAUGCCGUCUACGUCAACGCCGACCAAGACCCCUACACUGUCUUCGAGUCCAUAGAGAGCUGCGUCACUCGGCCCCUGCCCCUCCGCACCGUCUAGCGCCUGCGGGCAGGGAAAUAUAGAGUUUGCUUUCAGAAUGGGAUUCGGGGUCAUCUUCUUUAACCGGGACAGGUGUUCCGGGGGGGCCGCUGGGCUCCCCCUAGCCCCCACUCCCUGCCCAGCCCCCAGCCCAGCAAAAUUACCAGGGUAAAAUAUGGAAUGGCUUCCCGGUGAUGUCAAUGUGGAGCCAGCCGCGCCCAGCCAGCUCUCCAAGCACUUGGCUUGGGACCCUCUGCCACUCAGUCGAUCUUUCCCGGCCUCCUUCCCUCUUCCCCUUCCCCCCGCCCUCGAUUUUGACACCCCUGCAAGUUUGCUGAUCCCCCUCUCGGCUGCGAGAGCGCGGGGGGGGGUCCCUGUUGCCUUGGGGGUCUCACCCCGGGGAAAGCUGCCCUGUGUUCUCUUACGAGUCUUCUCCCAGCUUGUCUGGUGAGAGCGUCCCAGGCCAGGCUCUGCGGCUCCCUGGGGCACGCGGGGACCCUCCGGAGCUUUGAGAAGCUGGUUGGAGGAAUCGCUGCUCAUCCCAGGCCAGGCGUGGGGAGGGGCCCUUCCCCUCUGCAGGCGGAGGCGGGGGUCUCAGUAGAGUGAAGCUGUUCCCGCUUGGUGGGGGGAACCCUUUGGAAAGCCUGGCGCUGGUUUGGGUGGGGGCUGCCCACUGUCACAGACUCACAGCUCGUGCCCACUCU